AUGGCCACCCACGACCAAACACUACAUCCGCACACUCCAGCGGCCUCCUCUGUACCGACGCUCUCCAUACUGAACCCUAACCCGAGACGGUUACCCGGUCCGAGUCUCCUUCACCACCUUGUUGCCAAAACACCCAGCAUCGCCAGCGAUGCUCCCGCUGUCGACUAUCUCUCACCCAGCGGCGCAAAGAUCACAUUAUCAUACGAACAAUUUCAUUGGUCAGCAGAUGUAUUAGCCAGCCGCAUCACGACUGAGGUCAGCUCACAGCAACCGGGCGCGGGUCCCGGCGUGGUUCCGGUCCUGGUGCCUCAGUGCCCUGAGCUACAUGUCUCUCAGCUGGCUAUCCUCAAGGCUGGCGGGGCCUUUUGCCCGCUCAACCUCGACGCGCCCUCCGACCGCAUCAAAUUCAUCCUGAAAGAUGUGGAUACAAGGGUCGUCAUCACCACUCCGGAACUGCGGUCCAAGUUCGAUGGCAUCGAUGGCGUCCGCUUUAUCACAAUUGACCAAAGCCUCCUGAAAGAGAGGCCAACUUCAGGUAACCCCACCGCCUACCAACCAAGUCCCUCUGACCUCGCCUACGUUAUGUACACGUCCGGCUCGACGGGCACCCCCAAGGGCGUCGGCAUCUCCCACGACGCCGCCGCGCAGAGCCUCCUCGGCCACGACCGCCACAUACCCAAGUUCUCUCGCUUCCUGCAGUUCGCCGCUCCCACCUUUGAUGUCUCAGUCUUUGAGAUCUUCUUCCCCUUUCUCCGCGGUGCCACGCUCGUGAGCUGCCACCGCGCGGAGCUCCUCAGCGACUUGCCGAGCGUGCUGACGCGCAUGAACGUCGACGCCUGCGAGCUGACGCCCACGGUCGCGGGUAGCCUCCUCCGGAAGCGGGAGAGCGCGCCGUGCUUGCGCCUGCUGCUGACGAUCGGCGAGAUGCUGCAGGAGCCCGUGGUGCGGGAGUUCGGCGGCGACGCGGACAAGGAGAGCAUGCUGUGGGCCAUGUACGGCCCGACCGAGGCCACCAUCCACUGCACCCUGGAGCCCGCGUUCGCGGCCGGCGCCAAGCCGGCCAACAUCGGCUUCCCGCUGGAUACCGUCUCCGCGUUCAUCCUGCGCGAGGCCGGCGGCGGCGACGACAACACGGACGAGCCCGAGGUUCUGCCCCUGGGCGAGGCCGGCGAGCUCGCCGUCGGCGGCCACCAGCUCGCGGCUGGGUACAUCAACAGGCCCGAGCAGACGGCCGCCGCGUUCGUGGAGACUAGGGAGCACGGGCGGCUAUACCGCACGGGCGACCGGGCGCGCAUGCUGCCCGGCGGGCGGAUCGAGUGCAUGGGCCGCAUCUCGGACGGCCAGGUCAAGCUGCGGGGCCAGCGCAUCGAGCUCGGCGAGAUCGAGCAUGCGGCGCUGCGCACCGGAGGCUGCCACGGCGCCGUGGCGUCUGUCGUCGCGGGGAUAUUGGUGCUGUUCUGCACUGUCGAUGCUGGAGAUGGCAUGGACGUGCGGGUCCUCGACUCCUGCCGGGCCUGGCUGCCGCGGUUCAUGGUCCCUGGGGAUGUGGUGCUCAUGCGCGAUUUCCCGCGGCUGCCGUCUGGAAAGGUCGACCGGAAGCGGCUGGUUGCUGACUAUACCGCGUCAUCGAGGAGGGACGAGAGCGCCGGGGAAGGCGUGACCUAUGCGGACGAGCUGGAGAGGGAGGUGUGCGACCUCGCGACCGCGGUGCUCGGUGCCAAGGUCUCGCCUUCUUCUGUGCUGGCUGCGUCUGGGCUGGACUCGCUCGUGGCGAUCAAGUUUGCUGCUGCGCUGCGGAAGGUCGGUCGGGAUGUCAGUGCUGUUGAUGUAUUGAAUGCGUGCACGGCUCAUGAUCUUUAUAUGCAGAUCAAGCGCGAGAAGCGUGACAGUCUCGAUGUAUCGAUGCGGGAUGCGGCUGUUGAUCGGGGCGUCGUGGCCGCCGCUCUGGCCGUGGACGAAGCGACGAGUUCGUAUGCUCAUGUGUGUACACCACUCCAGUCGUCCAUGCUUGCGGAGACAACGCGCAAUUCGCAGGCGUACUGCAAUUGGGUCGAGCUGAGCUUCCCCGCCGAGUGCAGUGCUGAGCAGAUCCGGUCCUGUGUGCGGCAGGUAGCGCAGAAGAACGACAUCCUGCGAAGCGGCUUCUUGUACCUGGAUGGUCGGUUUGUGCAGGUCGUUUGGCAUGACCUGUUGCCGACGCAGGUGCGAGAAGUGGAUCGGCUUGACCGAGAGUAUCAACUGGACUCUGACGGGCUGUUGCGCCCGUUCGAUGUUCAGGUUUGCGACUCUGUGGAGGGGUUAGAACGACGCGUUUUGGUCCGCAUACAUCACUCGCUUUAUGACGGGUGGACACUCGAUCUUAUUAUCAUGGACCUCAACGCGUUGCUUGGUGGGGAGGAUGUCUCCGACCGCACUCAGUUUCGUGAUCUCGCGGCGUAUCAGAACACUGCGGCAGCUUCGGAUGCGGCAGAGGCCGCGAAGCAGUUCUGGGCUGAGAAUCUGCUUGGCUUCCAGCCGAGUGCCACGCUCGAGCUGCAGCCCAAGCAUAUCGACACUGACGAAGUCCUGACGAGGCGGGUGCAGCUUGGCGUGGAUGCUUCUCGAGUCAAAGCGCUCUCCGACUUGCUGCAGUGUAGCCCGCAGACUCUCUUCCAAGCCGGCAUCGUGUGGCUCUGGAGUAUGCUCACAGGCGAGAGCGACGUGUCUAUCGGCACUGUCACGUCUGGUCGUACUCUCGGACUGCCUGGCAUCGAAAGCAUUAUGGGCCCCUGUAUGGACACUGCGCCGUUGCGAGUCGUCCUUUCGCAAGUCAGGUCUGUCCGCGAGCUGAUCGAGAACAUCCAUGCUUUGAACCGGGCUAUGCUGCCUCACUCGGGUCUGCCUCUCGGAGAGAUCAAGAAGGCCGCUGGUAUUUCUGCGAGCCAGAACUUGUACGAUGUGUUGUUUGUAUACCAGGAGUCGCUGUAUAGUACAGCUCGAGGGGGCGGGCCUGUGCGCGAGGUCGCGCACCAAGACUUCUUAGAGACCGGCUUGCUCAUUGAGGUCGAGCCGACAUCUGCUGGGUUCACCUGUUCUGCGACGUACCAUCUGGCCUCCUGGCCUGAUGCGCAGGUUCGGGUUCUGCAGGAGCAGUACCAGUAUGUGGUCAGGUUUAUGCUAGACCACCUCGAUAGCGAGCUGAGCUCGCUCACUAAUACCUUCCCUGCUGGGAUGCUUUCCAAGUAUAAUGAUCAGCCUGCGCCGUAUACUGGUUGUGCAGACCUGGCUGGUCUUGUUGAGGCGACGGCCUCGAGGAAGGGAGAUGAGCCUGCCGUGCUCUUUGCCUCCUCGAUCGAAGACGGGUCAAUGGAUGCUGAGGUUUUGUCCUAUCGGCAGCUGAAUGAGCUGGCGAACCAGAUCGGCCGACAUAUACAGUCUUUCGGCGUCAGGGAGGGCGAUGUCGUUGCUAUCAUCAUGGAGAAGUCCAUUCCGCUCUACGCUGGCAUUCUUGCCAUUCUGAAGACGGGAUGUGCCUACUUGCCGCUGUUGCCAAGUACGCCCAUCGAGCGCGUGAAGCUGAUCUUGGAUCAGAGUGACACCAGACUCUGCCUCACGGACAGAAAGACUGGACUUCUUCUCCAAGACAAGAUACCUUGCCCUCUCGCUGACAUUGGCAGUGUUUCACUGUCACAGUAUCCCACUUCAAACAUUGGCACCGCUGUCGACCCAUCACGCGUUGCCAACAUCAUCUACACGUCCGGCAGCACAGGAACACCCAAGGGCGUAUGCGUCACUCAGCUCAACAUCACCAGCAAUCUUGACGUUCUCGCACGGAUCUACCCUCCCGUUCGGCCCAACGCUCGACUGCUGCAGUCCUGUUCCCAAGCCUUUGAUGUCUCCGUGUUUGAGAUCUUCUUCUCUUGGACACAAGGCAUGUGCCUCUGCUCCGCCAUCAACGACACCCUCUUCGAGGACCUCGAGAGGGCUAUGAGGACGAUGCAGAUCACGCACCUCAGCAUGACACCUACCGUGGCCGCGCUGGCAGAGCCGGCGAACGUGCCGAGCGUGGAGUUUCUCGUCACCUCUGGCGAGCCCAUGACCGCGAGAGUUGCGAGAAACUGGGUUCGCCAGCUCCAUCAGGGGUACGGGCCCUCGGAGACGACAAACAUCUGCACGGUCAAGAAGAUGGCGCCGGGAGAUGUGAUCCGUCAUCUCGGCCACUCAUUUGCGAAUACUUCGUCGUUCGUCUUGCGCCCGGGCAGCCUCGACAUCGUGCCGCUGGGUAGCGUAGGUGAGUUCUGCUUUGGCGGGGACCAAGUCGUCCAGGGGUACUUGCAUCUCCCUGAGCUCACUGCCGAGCGCUUCAUCGAACACCCCGAGUACGGCCGGUUAUACCGCUCUGGCGACAUGGGCCGUAUGCUCCCGGACGGGUCUCUGAUGAUCAUUGGGAGAGUGGACGACCAGAUCAAGCUGCGCGGUCAGCGUAUCGAGUUGAACGAGAUCAACUCAGUGAUGAGCUCCGCGGAGCAAGUGACGAGUGCUGUGACUCUGCUUCUCACCCGGCAGGGGUCCCAGCAGCUGGCGACAUUCUAUGUGUCUUCUUCGAUUUCGGCGUCAUCGUUCGGCUUCCUCGAAGAUAGCGAUGAUGCGGCCCGAGAAAGGACACAGCACUUGUUAAGCUUGUUAAAAUCGAGACUGCCAACAUACAUGGUGCCCAGUUACGUGUUGGCUGUAUCGUCUAUUCCCCUUACUCCGGCCGGAAAGGUCGAUAAGGAUCGUCUACGAGGGUGCUUUGCGGAGCUGAGCGAUGAGGUUCUCGCCGCCUGUGGCGACUCCGCAGGGCCAGGCGCAGAGGAAGGGGAGUGGAGCAGCGAGGAGCGGAGCAUCGCGAAGACCUUUGCAGACGCCCGAGGGAUUGAGGCGGAGUCGAUCGGGCGCUGGACGCCGUUUCCCAACCUUGGGGUCGAUUCGAUAUCAGCUAUCAAGAUCUCCAAGGCCCUAGCGAGGUCUUUGGGCACUCGCGUCCCCGUCAGUGCCAUAUUACAGGCUGGCUGUGUUGCUCAGCUCGGUAGAACUAUUUCUUCACUAGCUUUAGGUGAUGAGACUCCCGCUUUCAGGGAGGGUGCAAGUACGUUUUUCUCUCAGGAAGCUCUUGCGGAGAUCACGGCACAGUUCGAGCGCAAAGGAAUUGCUGUGGAGAAGGUGCUGCCAUGCAUGCCGCUCCAAGAGGCCAUGCUAGCAAGCUCGACUACACCAGACGCUCCGUAUGUUGAGAAGAUGCUGUUCCGCCUGGCGGUGCCUCUGGACACGAUGAAGGCGGCGUGGAGAGAGAUAUGCAAACGACAGCCCAUCCUCCGAACGUGCUUUGUCACUACGCAAGAUGCAAAACGUCCCAUCGCACAGGUUGUGUUGCGAGAGACCUGUGAUGGCACGUGGUAUACAUCGACCAACAGCGCAUUAUCUCUUGAGGAAUGGCAGUCGGAACAUUUGCGGACACUUCCCUGCGCGAUUGAUUCUUUGCGGCCGCCAGUCUCAGUCUCGGCGUUGGGGCAAGACGGGGAGGUGUUCCUAUCGUUUGUGUGUCACCACGCGCUCUAUGAUGGAGUGGCGAUGGAUCGCCUGCUUCUCGAGGUUGAGCAUCUUGUGAAGGGCUUGGUACUUCCAGCUGCGCCGACUUAUGACGCUUUUCUGUCGUAUGCGCUGGACAAGAGUUCUUCUGGCGAUGGUUUCUGGUCCGAACAUCUAGCCAACUUUUCACCAACCUUAUUCCAAGCCACCAAUGGUGAAUGGGUCGGAACUAAGGGGUGCUUAUCUCGACAACUAUCAAUCCCUCUAUCAGCGCUUGAAGCGAGGUCUAGGUCUCUAGGUCUAUCGCUUCUGACAGCCAGCCAGAGCGCAUGGGCCGUACUGCUGAGCCUUCUCCAAGGGACUGACGAUGUCUGUUUCGGCAAUGUGUACAGCGGCAGGGCAGUUCCCGUCGACGGUGUUGAGGAUCUAGUGGCGCCUUGCUUCAACACUCUGCCUAUCCGACUACAACUGGGCAAUGCAAGACGGAACAUCGACCUCUUGAAGCAAGUCCAGAAGCUGAACCCUGACAUGCUGGAACACCAGUUCACACCACUACGCAAGAUCCUCGCACUGACAGGAACUAGCGGAAAGGGGCUCUUUGAUACGAUGCUGUUGCUACAGAUGCCGUCUCGAGAGCUAGAUGCGGAGGUGUGGCGGCUUGAGCGUGAGGACGGUGAUAUGGACUUCGCGCUCGUUUGCGAGCUUACUCCGGACCCGCGAGGGGAUUCCGUGCAGGUCAAGCUCCACUAUGACAAGCAAUAUCUCUCAGGCUCGAACGUGGAAGCGAUCUAUCGUCUGUUCUCCCACAUUUUCGAUAUCACGCUAUCGCAACCCUCUGCACAUCUGGUGUCAGUGGACAAUGUCUCUGACGAUCUGAAAGACCGACUUGUCAAGCUUGAGUUGAAGUUUGAGCGGUGUUGCCCAAGUACUGCUUCCACUCUGAAGAAUGACAAGGAGGAGUGGAACAAGACGGAGUCACUCAUCAGAACCACUCUUGCCCGUCUCGCUACCGUUUCCGAAUCCCGUAUCACUCAUGACAUGUCAAUCUACCAGCUUGGGCUCGACAGCAUCAGCGCUGUGCAAAUUGCUUCCUCUCUGCGCAAACAAGGGCUGAAGGUGUCUGCCACGGAUGUCAUGGAGUGGCCGACAUGUCGCGAGCUGGCUGGAUUUAGCAGCACAACUAGCUCUCAGGAGACAGAACUUGGGGACUCGUUGUUUGACCUUGGUCAAUUCCGAAAAGAGGUCGAGUCUACCAUUCGACAGGCGAUACCUUCAGACACUGUCGUCGAGGCCAUUUUGCCCUGUACACCUCUCCAAGAUGGCCUCAUCACCGAGUUCGUUCGAUCACAAGGCCAGGCAUACUUCAACUUCGUGGAUAUGGUUGCGCACCCUGAUCUCAUGAUGGAGGCCCUAGUAAAUGCAUGGAAGGCUGUCGUUUGCAAGACCCCGAUGCUUCGAACAGGCUUUGUCUCAGUCAACAACACGCUCAGCGCCUAUGCGAUGGCACAAGUCUCAAGCGAUACAACAGAACCCUGCAUUGCAGUCGUGCGCUCACCUGAUGCUGGUCACUUCAGCCUUGACAAAUGGAGACUUGAUAUGACACAUCGGGCACUCUCGUAUCUCGAGCGGCCGCCCUGGGGACUCACGGUAGUGGAGGACGAAAAGAAGAUCUCGAUGCAUCUGGCCAUCCACCAUGCGCUUUAUGACGCGUCUUCACUGCAGCUUAUCUUCAAUAGAGUUGCGGAGGCAAUUCGUGGUGAUUCCCUGCAAGAUGAUCACAGCACAGAGGGUGCCGUGCUCGCGAUUCUUGAAGACAGCUCGGCUCGGCACGUAGAAGAACAGUCAUUCUGGCACGAUCAUGCAUCCAAGGCGACCGUCAGCAAAUUCCCAACUCUAACGACUCUGCGAAUGAAUGAGCGCAAUGUUCAAGUCAGCACAAAGGUCAGCAAGCAGAGCCACAGGGUCUUGGAGGAAUCUGCAAGUAGCGCUGGUGUGACGAUGCAGGCCGCUAUACAAGCUGCCUGGACAAGGAUACUUGCAUCUUAUAUCGGUGAAAGCUCUGUAACUUUUGGUGUUGUUCUAUCGGGUCGAAACACGGACAAGACACUCGAUGCGGCGUUUCCGUGCAUUACUACGCUCCCUGUCGUAGCUGAGCACAAGCAGUCGAACACGGAGCUUUUGCGUGCAAUGAUGGACUACAAUGGACAGCUUCACAAGUACCAACAUGUACCGCUGAACCGCAUUCAACAAUGGCUUGGACAUCCAGGAUCACAACUCUUCGACACUCUCAUCGCUUUUCAGAAACUGGAGGUCCCAGGCUCGCGGAGCCUUCCUUGGGAGGUUGUUUCGGACCAAGGCACCGUUGAAUAUCCUGUUUCCAUUGAGAUCGAGCCUCGUGCAGAUCAUCUGCAUUAUAGGGUGACCUUCUUUGACGAUAUCAUUCCCCUAGCGCAUGCCAAUUUGCUACUGGAGCAAUUUGAUGCAAUUCUCAGUCAUCUACUACUCUCGUCUGACGGAACGGAGGAUACCUUAUCUCAGAAAGACGAAGAUUUGUUCGCUAUCACGCCUGCUAUUGAGCCUUACCUCAAGUCCGAAGCAACGCUACUUCAUCACUUUGUCGAAUAUACUGCGCAAAGGAUACCGGAAAAGACAGCCUUGCAGUUCGUAACGUCAUUUGAAGGCAACAAGUGUUACGACAAGACGUGGACUUUUGAGCAGCUGAACAAGCAUGGAGAUAAGGUUGCGCAUAUGCUCUCGAAGUAUGUUCAACCAAACCAGAUCGUUGCUAUCUGCUUCGACAAAUGUCCAGAAGCGCAUUUUGCCAUCUUAGGAAUCUUGAAAGCUGGCUGUGCCUUUGUCGCACUGGACCCAGGUGCACCAGCCAGUCGCCAGGAUUUCAUUCUCAAAGAUUCCAAAGCCUCGGUCCUACUUGUUCAGAGCGGGACUGCGGACAACUUCAACUUCAACGCACGUGUACAAACUGUCGAGAUCAAUGAGGAAGAGUUGUCAAGCAUGCCUCCUUCGCGACCUUUCUUGGCAGAUGGCCUUUCCCCCUCGUCUGCCUGCUAUUGUCUGUACACCUCUGGCACGACCGGAACACCGAAGGGAUGCAUCAUCACCCAUGAAAACGCGGUACAGGCCAUGCUAGCCUUCCAGGUGCUCUUCACUAACCACUGGGAAGAAUCUUCGAAGUGGUUGCAGUUCGCAUCAUUCCAUUUCGACGUCUCGGUCCUAGAGCAGUAUUGGACAUGGUCUGUUGGCAUCACGUUGGUUAGCGCUCCUCGUGAUCUGAUCCUGGAGGACCUCUCAGGGACAAUAUCCCGUCUUGAGAUCACGCACAUCGACCUCACUCCGAGCCUGGCGCGACUUUUACACCCAGAUGAUGUCCCAUCUCUCUGCCGAGGCGUUUUCAUCACUGGCGGAGAGCAACUGAAACAAGAGAUCCUUGACGCUUGGGGUGACAAAGCUGUCAUACACAACUUCUACGGUCCGACAGAAGCAACGAUUGGCGUGACCAGCUUUCCCUGCGUGCCGAGGAAUGGCCGUGCAUCAAACAUUGGCCGACAGUUCCCUAAUGUCGGCACUUAUGUGUUAAGACCUGGCUCGGAGGAACCUGUCUUGCGAGGAGGCAUAGGCGAGCUAUGCGUUGCCGGCAAGUUGGUCGGUAAAGGGUACCUGAAUCGGGUGGACUUGACAGAUGAGCGGUUUCCAACCCUUUCACGGUUCAACGAGCGGGUCUACCGUACGGGCGACCUCGUUCGAAUCUUACACGAUGGCUGCUUCGAUUUCCUUGGUCGGGCGGAUGACCAGGUGAAAUUGCGAGGGCAGCGACUCGAAAUCGGAGAGAUCAAUCAUGCGAUCAGGAAGGGAGUGCCCCUCAUCUCCGAUGUUGCCACGAUGGUGAUUCGUCAGGGAAAACUGCAGAAAGACUUCCUCGUCGCGUUCGUGGUUGCCGGAGAAUCACGCCGUCGCGACGAGUUACAGAUCAUCACCAACAAGGCGGAAGACAUAUCAGAUCAAGUCCAGCGGGCUUGUCGAGAGAAGCUGCCGCCGUACAUGGUCCCGACUUAUGUCCUGCAACUUCCUUUCAUUCCUCUUUCGGCGAACAACAAAGCGGAGUUCAAGGUGCUGAAAGCGCUCUUCGAAGCCACCCCACUGGAUCAACUCGUGAGCUCCAAGAACCAUAUCGACAAGGUGGAUCAAUUAGACCAAGUUGGUCAAGCGAUCUCCAGAGCCCUCCAAGCCAUGGGCAUUAUCAACGAAGAUGAAGCUAUUGGACAGUCAUCCAGCAUAUUUGAUCUCGGUAUUGACUCGAUCUCUGUUGCUCGUUUCGCCAGUUGUCUCAAGAGAGAAGGCCUCCAAGCUUCGCCCUCCACGAUACUCAAGAACCCCAAUCUUGGCCAGUUGGUAAGAGCAAUCAAUGCAGAGAAAUCUUCAAAACAGACAUAUUCGGUCUUGGAGUCACAGCUGCUGGUGCAAGCCUGCCGACAUCGACAUCAGGGGUUCGUUUGCGCUACCCUAGGUAUCUCGCCCGACAUGGUUGAAUACAUUGCGCCUUGCACAGCACUGCAGCAAGGUAUGAUUUCUCGAUCAAGAUCAGAGGAACAUCAUGGUACCUAUUUCAAUACCUUCCAGUUCCGAUUGGCGGAUCACGUCUCACUCGAUCGCCUAAGGAACUCAUGGCAAAAGCUGGUCGACACCUACUCCAUCCUUCGGACGCAGUUCAUUGAGACGACUGAGGGCUUUGUGCAGGUGGCGCUCAAGGGGUUCUUGGUUCCGUGGCUGGAAUCCGAAUUACCAGAGAACAAUUUGGUAGACGGGAUCUCGAACAUGCAACAGCGAUGGGUUGCCAGCAACCAAGAACACAUCCGACAAUCAUUCCAAUGCGUUAUCUUGCGUGAAAGCAAGAGCUACAUUUUGCUUGUCAAUAUCUUUCACGCUUUGUACGACGCAAAUAGUUUUGACUUGCUGCUUCAAGAGUUGGCCGCCGAAUACUCUGGAACUCGCAAGGAGCCGUCCGGCCCGACAUUCUUUGAGGCGCUCCUUCACGGUCCUCUCCGGAGCUUCGAACCGUCUCGGCCAUUCUGGGAGGAACAUAUGAGAACCGCAAACUUCCAGGCGUUUGGCCCUUUAUCAACUGAACCAACGCAGAAACCCCUGCAUCUUAUCCGAAGCAUACCUUUUGAGCGCCUUGCCUCAGCGUGUAAAGUGAUAGGCGUCACCAACUCAUCACUUGUGCAGGCUCUCUGGGGCACAGUCCUACAAAAUCACUGUGAAAAUUUGACAAUCGGGCUGAUCUUGUCGGGUCGGAUGAUUGAUCUCGAUGGCGCAGAUAACGUCAUGGGGCCGCUCUUCAACACAGUCCCAUUUCAUAUGGUCAAGGACGGCCAGCAUACUUGGGGAUCACUCGCAAAACAGUGUCACGAGUUUAACGCCUCUAUCUUGCCCUUUCAGCAUGUUGCUCUGAGAGAUAUACAAAAGUGGUGCGUUAAGGGUACUCAACUAUUCGACACGCUCUUCUCGUUCCAACGGCAAGAUACAUCCAUAUCAGCAGUCGGAUCGAAUCUCUGGGCUGAAGUUGAAGCUGAGACAAAUCCUGAUUAUCCCUUGGCCUUCGAAGCGGUUUUGAAGCAUGAUAGGGAGUUGCAGAUUACCCUGGUCGCUCAGGCUGGAAUGGGCGACGAUGAAUCUCUCAGGAAGCUUUUGGACGAGUUUGAAGCAAAUGCGGUCAUAGCGGCUGACAACCCUGAGUCUGUAAUACGGUUGCGGGCAAUCAAGAAUGGCACUUGGAACCAUCUGGAGUUAUCUGCGAAGUCCGGGAGUCAUGGGAAUGGCCCUGUCAACGAGGCUCAGACUAGGUUCCAGUGGAGCGAAACAUCAGAGCGCAUCCGACGGGAGAUUGCAAGUUUGGCUCAAGUACCUGAGACCAGCGUCCAUGAAUCCACCUCGCUCCUGGAACUUGGCCUCGACAGCAUCGACACCAUUAAACUAUCUGCACGACUGAAGAAAGUUGGAGUCGCUUUGGCCAACAGCCAAUUGAUCAAGGGUCAAACCAUCAAGGCAUUCAUGCACAUGCUGGACAAGGCAGAGGAUAAUUCCAGCUCAAGCGUCCACGAUGGCACGGAGUCCCAGAAGACUGACACAUUCACGUUGCUGCGAACUCAACUCGCGAAGGAGGGACACGAUCUCCGAGGUGCUGAGGCUGUUCUACCACCAACCCCUCUGCAGGAAGCCAUGGUGGCAGAGAUGAUACAAUCUGACUUCCAUCGAUACUUCAAUCACGACAUUAUGGAGCUGCCUCAUAGCAUCAACCUCGAGCAGCUCAAGCAGAGUUGGCAACAAGUCGUUGAAAACUCGCCAAUUCUCCGUACAGGGUUUGUCGAGGUCGACAACCCUUCAACACAGUUCACGUACUGCCAAGUCGUCAAUAGUCAAGUCUCAGGGCUGUUCAACGAGGCGGACAUCGACCAUAUUGACGAGCUUGUCGCCGUGACCGAAUCAGCCCGAGACAAAGCGGAGAAGGGAGCCGGGAAGACUGGUCUGUUGCAGCUUACUGUAGUGAAGCUGCGCGAUUGUAGGUAUCUUGUUCUUUCAAUUGCCCACGCUCUCUAUGACGGAUGGUCUCUGGACCUCUUGCAUCGGGACGUGGAGGCGGCCUAUCGUGGUCAAAAGCAGGAGACUCGCCAAUCACCCGCCGGGUAUCUGAAUCAGAUAUUGAAAUCAUCCAAUCCAGAGGCGCAAGCGUUCUGGACAGAGUAUCUGUCAGGAGUGCACCCGACUCAUGUUGAGUCUAACCAACCUUCCAACUCGGCUCCAAAGAGUACCCACCGAGUCGAGGCGGCAUCAAAAGUCUCUGCAACCACACUUCGCAACUUUGCCAAGACUCAAGCUGUCAGUGUGCAGGUGCUGGGACAAGCGGCAUGGGCUAUAGUUUUGUCCACUCUCGCAAGAUCUUUGGAUGUGACUUUCGGUGUGGUCCUCUCUGGCCGCGAUUCUGAAGAUGCAGAGCAACUCAUGUUCCCGACGAUGAACACUGUGGCCGUCCGGGCCAUUCUGCACGGCAAAGUUUUCUCUCUUCUGGGUUACAUGCAGGAGAAGAUGGCAGACAUCAGCCUCUUCAAGCACUAUCCCUUGCGUCAAGCGCAAAAAGCAACCUCUGACCCGCGAGGCCUCUUCAACACACUAUUCAUCUUGCAGCAAACACCGCCCAAUGCGGGCAAAAACGACAGCGAGAAGGUGAUGAAGUCUAUUGACGGCAUUUCCGACGUCGAGUACCCCGUCUGUGUCGAGGCGGAGCUCAUCCAUGACUCUCUGAUCUGGCGAGUAGCCUGUGCCGAUAACUACUUUUCGUCUCGGGACUCGCAUCGAUUACUGCACCUGCUCGAUCUAGCACUCGGUUUCAUGAUCCAGUCGCCAUCUGCAGAAGUUUUGGAGUUCACAGAAGAUGGCUUGUCAGUCUGCAGCCUACCUAAAUUUCAACCCAAGCUUACAGAAAGUCCACCUGAAAACUCUGUAGGCUCAGCUUCAUCAGCGAGCGGUGGCGAUGAUAGAAUUGGCAAGGGCCGGUCAGCGCUAGAAGAGAGUAUUGUCGCUGUGCUGGCGGAAGUUGCGGGAGUUGACGCUUCAAUUGUGAACAUUUCUCAAAGUAUCUACAACUUAGGACUCGAUUCAAUCAGCGCUAUCAAGGCCAGCUCACUGCUUCGAAGGAAGGGCAUCGCCAUCACCGUCCGUACCAUGCUCAAUGCCAAAUCAAUCAGACACAUGGCGGAAGGCAUGAGUGACGCAAGAGUGCAGCUAGAGACGCGGACUAGCCAGCCGGUGUCAGCGCAUGAUCCGUUGGAAGCUCUUAACCUGCAAGCACUUCUCAGGAAAGCCGGCAUACCUCUGGACGCGGUCGAACAUGCCUUUCCAGCAACACCCCAGCAGAUUCACAUGCUCAGCGUCUGGCAGCGUACUGAUGGAUCAGUCUUCUUCCCGACAUUCAGCUAUACACUGAGCGGCGUUACCAACUUAUCGAAGAUAGCAGGAGCGUGGCAGAGAAUAUUGGCAGAGUUCUCUGCUCUUCGCAUGAACUUUGUGGUAACCAAUGACACAGCAAUCCCUAUGAUUGGGAUCGUGUGCAAAAAUGACCCCAAGAACGACAUUGAGAAGGAGGACAAGACAUCCCAGAAUUGGACGCAGCUGAGUGCAACGCAGAACCUUGUCCACCCAUUGGUGCUCUUUUCUAUCAAGAGACGGACGGCACAUUCGUGGAGGCUGAAGCUGCAGAUACACCAUGCGUUGUAUGAUGCUGUCAGUCUACCAUGUGUCAUGACUCGAUUCAAGCAGCUAUGCUCUGGGCACAAAUUGGAUAGCAUCGAUGAUGGCUUCGGACCUUGGCAAGAGCUUUCCUUCCUGCGUUUGUCUAGGGAGCACGUGGAUGAGCGCCGAAAGUUUUGGACGAACUAUCUCGAAUCAGCCGAUCUUUCCGAACACUUUUCGAGAAUGACUGCAAAUUUGGAGCCUGUGGACGACUUCUCGCGGGGCUCAAACUACCGCGAGUCCGCAUUCACCAACAUGGAACAACUCACUGAAGCAUCCGCAGUCCAUGGUGUCAGCAUUCAAGCGCUCUUCUUCGCCUGCUAUGCACGUGUCUUGGCAGCACGGGCCGCUGCCCGCGGGUCGGGGCUGUUGAAGAAGAUAGUAUUCGGUGUCUACCUUGCCAACCGAGAGGCGACCGGGGAGAAAACCCAGCCUGCUCUGCCAACACUAGCCUUGGUGCCGCUUCUCGUUCAUGUGGCAGAAGGCGGAAACCUUAUCAAAAACGCCAAGCAGGUUCAGCAAGAUCUUUACGAGAUUUCCUCUCCGGUGAAUGUGGCUGUUGGACUCUGGGAGAUCUACCAGUGGAGCGGCAUCAAGAUUGACACCUUCGUCAACUUCCUCACCGUACCUCCGCAGGAAGAGAAUGGUCAUACAGCGGGGGAUUCGAUUUCACUGGAUGAGGUUCCUGGCACUCAUGAGCCGUUGGACAUGGCUUCAAAACCUUAUAACUCUCCUUGGCUGUCAGGCAACGAGGUCAAAGAAGCAUAUCCGGAUGCUGUUGACGUUGAAGUUGCGGUGAGAAACAAAACAUUAGACAUAGGCGUUUUCGGUGCAUCUGAUAGACUUGGUAUUGGCGGCGCGGCGGAGCUUAUUGAUUCGAUCGUGGGGGUCUUGCAUAGCGUCAGCGAUAUCAUUUGA